CAUGUCUUUGGACUGCAUCAUGCUAAAGCAAAACAUAUAGUAACUAAAUUCUCAAAAACUUUGGCUUCCUUCCUUAUUCCAAGAUGCCAACCAAAAUGGUGAGUUGCAGCAGAGGUAAGGCAGUGCUAGUAAGGGUAUAUGCUGAGAAGCAUGGGAAGAGGAGAUCAUCAAUUCAACAGCAUCGCCACCACCACCACGUCCAUCAAACAUUUAGACAAGAGGCACAUAGUUCUGCAAGUAAGGGAUAUGAUAGAAGAGCAGGGUUGCUUAACUACUCGCAUCAAUUACGCGCGUCCGCAAAAGGAACAUCUGCAUCUUCCACACCCUUACUCUCCAUGUCUACUAACAUCCAUGUUCACACAGCUACAACCAAGAUGACCUCUCCCAAGAAAAAGCCCAAUUAUACUGGAACACCAACUUGCUUUGGCAAUUGGAAACUAUUGAUUCCAAGCUUCUUAAGAUCAUGGUGCAAUGCCCCAAAAAAGAAGAAAAAGAAAAGGAGAGGAAGGAAUUUCUUUUCGAAUGUGUACUCAAUAAGACGGACGCGUGCUUGUGUUUAGGAUCAAUUUUGUUGUGGCUUUUCACUUUUCUCAAUGGUGCAAUGUCUCGAUACAGCUAAGUUUUUGUCUUACCUAACUGCCAAUUAUUGAUAAGCACAUUCAAACUGCUUGAAUUGGCUCUACAUCGUCAUUUAUAGGUGUGCUGGACCAAGACUCCAAUUUAUAUAUCUAGAAAUCUUAUUCAGUAUUUCAUUGAUUUAUAGCUUGCAUCUCAAUAUAAAUAAAUGAAUAAAACACGCCUAAUCACGUAAGAACUAUCAUGGUUAAUGGCACUGUUCAUUAUAACCCGCUCU